AUGCCCGAGCCCGUCAAGCGCAACGUCGCCGUCCUAGGCGGCGGCCCUGCGGGCCUAUCCGCUGCCUUCCGCCUCCUGCACGACCUCCCGCCGGGCCUGUCGGUCAAGGUCGACCUGUACGAGGCCACAGGCCGGCUGGGCGGCGCCGUCACCUCGGCGUGCGACGCCGGCUUCUGCUACGAGCUCGGGCCCAACUCGAUGAACGCCAAGCACCCCAGCGUCGCCGAUCUCAUCCAAGAGAAGCUGCGCCUCAAGCCGCGCAUGCUGCCGCGCUCGCCGUACGCGAAGCGCUACUACUUCAUGCGCGACGGCAAGCUCGUCCCGCUGCCGCUGUCUCCGCUCCACUUCGCCACCACUGGCCUGCUCUCGUGGCGCGCCAAGUGGCACGUCGUUAAGGAGCCGUUUGUGGCCAGGCUGCAGGACGUCAGAGACUCGCACAUGGAGUCCGUCGCCUCCUUCUUUCAGAGACGGUUCGGGCGCGAGGUUGUCGACUACCUUGUCGACCCGAUGGUCGCGGGCACUUAUUCGGGCAAGCCGGCAGAUUUGUCCAUGAAGCAUGCCUUGCGAAAGGUGUGGCGCUUGGAGCAGAAGCACGGGUCUGUCAUUGGCGCCUUGCUGCGCGGAGCCGGCAAAACGAAGCCGGAUCCAAGGUACAAGCCGUACACAGGGAAGGAACUGCGUGCUAGUUUUACAUAUGAUAAGGGGAUGGAGGUCGUUACCGAUGCCCUCGUCGCAAACAUCAAUGACCUCAAUCCUAGAGGGGGGAGGUUGUAUACGCACGGCAAGGUCCGCACGCUCGAUAGAGACCCGAAUGGUGCCUGGCGAAUUAACGGACGGGGCAAGUACGACGCUGUCAUAUCCACCAUUCCCACGCAUGCCGUCAAAUCUAUUUACACUAAUAUGUCAGCUUUGGGGAAAGGGUUCAAGAAGCUGAACAAGAGUAUCAAGUACGCACCCGUCUCUGUUGUAGUCAUGGGCUUUGACAAGUCCCAGGUCCCGCAUCCGCUCGAUGGCUUCGGUGCUCUUAUACCCACGGUAGAAGGUCGCCAGAUUCUGGGAAUCAACUUUUCCUCGUCCAACUAUCCCCAACGACUAAGCGACCCGGACAAGGUCUUUUUGACAGUGUACGUCGGGGGGCAACGUAACCCUGACCUCCCGUUCCGGCGCGCGAAAGAGAUUGUUGAUAUCUCGAAGAAGGAAUUGGGUCAUGUCCUCGGCGUCAAGGGGGAUCCUUUUUUCUCUCGCGUCAAGACAUGGAAGCGGGGCAUCCCCCAGUACGAUCCACAAUUUGAUGAAUCGCUUUGCACUAUGGCCCGAGCUGAAAAAUCAGCCAAAGGCUUCGUCUUUGGAGGCAAUUAUCGUGAUGGCGUAGGUCUCCCCGAUGCGCUCCGGUCUGGGAUUUUGUCGGCAGAAAAAACACUCCAAUACCUCAAAACCUUGUAGUCACUUCAGAAAGGAACCAUGUAGGACAGACAUGUACAAGGCAAGUAUGCCGGUUUAGAAGUUGACGUCCCUCGCGCAGAAUAUUCGCUCAUCAUGGGCUUCGGAAGACAAAAUGUGGGCGGUCUCCUACGGGCAGUUCUUCCCAAUGGCAUGAGGCAUCUACCACAUCCCCUUUGAUCAAAUUGUCGUUGUCAAGCUGCUCGUUUUCCGAGAGAAUCCGAGCGACAGAACGCAUAUCCCCCCGCGUGUAUGUCGUCGCCAUUUCGUCAACGGCUCGAGCCUAUAAAUGUUACCCUCCCUCGAG